AUGAGCUACAACAGGAAUUAUUACCCUGAUGGUGACAAGAGAGUAACCUGGUCAAAUAAGUUUUCCAUUCGGAGCAGCGUUCCCAGUGACUACUCGAGUUUGAGUGACUCUCAGCUGCUCUUUGGCUCCCAGUUCUGCCCGGAGAAUGUGCAGUCAGCAGCAGCUCUGCUGGAGCUGGGCACGCAGCUGGGACAGCACAACUCCCAAGAUCUGCAAGGAUGCUUGGACCAGUUUGGAGAAAUGUUUGAUUCAAGAAACAAAUCCAUUUUGGCUCACUUAGAAACCAUCUCCAAGACACUGCAAGAUGCUUUUCAGAGCCAGUGUGGUUUGGUGCUGAAAGCUCUGACAGACAAAAGCCAAACGGAGCAGGCGCUGCUGGAGAUGGAGAGGAGCCUCGCAGCAAAAGAUGCAGAGCUUCUAGAUGUGAAAUCCAGUGUCCAGCUGCUGAAGGAGGGUCUGGAGUCGCUGCCAGCUCAGCUGAGAGAUCAGCAGCUGAAGUUGUGUGAAGAACUUGGCUUCCUGAAGCUCCCUAACACCUUAGCUGAGCUGCACACGUUCGUCUCUAUUGCCAAAGCCCGUCCUGCCAUGGCUGAUAACUCCUCCCAGACGUCCCCUGGCCCAUGCCAGCACUGUGCUCUGUGUGAGGAGAGCCCCGUAUGUCCCUUUCCCUUCCCCUGCAUGAGACAGGGGGAGCAGCACGGAGACUCCCCCAUGGGGAACCAGGUCACGGGGGAUGGCACAUCUAUAGAUGACCUAAACACAGCUUCAGGAGGGAACGUCAGCCCCGGUGCUGCCGAGGUGUGUAGAGAACACUCCUCAUUGCAGGAGGUGAAAUACAGUUCAGAACCACAGAGCUGUGUCAACCACCACUGCACAUGCUGCUCUCACAGCCACAUUUUGGGGGGUCAUCAGAAGAAGCACUGUCCCACACCACAGGAGGUGCCUUUACCCACUCCACUGAGGAAGGUGAUCAGGAGAAACACUCGAGGCUUCCAAUCCGUGAUGCCAUCGCGACAGAGGCAGCCCCAAGUUUCCCAUCUUCCUGUAUGUAAAGAUGUGCUUGGGAGAAGAGACAGCAACUGGACCAUGGACCGUGAGGUGGAGAAUGCAGCUGGAGGGAACAAAGUGAAGCAGAAGCCAGGAAGGAUCCCCUGGAAUAAAGCAAUGGGGAGGAAGAAAACGUGCCCUGCUAUGAGAAAAGGCGAGCUUUCCCAAUGUGCUGAGGCUGGGCUGAAGCAAAGGAAGGCAAAUGGGACCAUUGAGUUGGAGAGCUCCAGAAAUGAAGGCUUGCCCAGGUACAAGGCUGCUCUCAGUUUGGGAAGCUCCAGCUCAGCUCCCGACCAGCAGAUCCUCAGCACUCAGCUGAGGCUUACAAAGCACUUCCCACCAGUGCCCUGCUCCGAUAGAAGCCUGCAUCAACUUGCAGACAAGAGAAGGAGAAGCUUGGAAAUGCAAAAGAGAGAAAAAGUUUCCAUUGUGAACAGGUACCUCCUGGAUUCCUCACCCCAGGAGAACACCUUUUCCCUGUGUAGCACCACGGGUGAAAAACAGAUGAGCUGCUUCAGCCUCCGAAGCCCUGGAAGCACCAAGAAGCCCCAUCCUGCUGCGGUGCUGCCUCAGCAGAACACAGGCUGUUGCUCUCUAGUUUUUGAUAGUGAUUAUUCUGAUUGA